AUGUAUUCAACAGAUAAAGGAGCAAAGAUUGAAGAUGCAACACAAAAACCACAAGAAUUUCCUAUAGUAUGCGCUAGUUGUUUUGGUGAUAGUCCUUAUAUGACAAUGAAUAAAGCAGAACUUGAUAGAGAAUGUAAAAUAUGUACAAAACCAUUCACAGUGUUUAAAUGGCGAGCAGGUAGAGAGGGUAGAAUGAGAAAGACAGAGAUUUGCAAGACAUGUGCAUUGGUAAAGAAUGUGUGUCAGGUUUGUAUACAUGAUUUAGAGUUUGGUUUACCGGUGCAGGUACGUGACGCUGUCAUGUCGUUGCAGACUGAUAAGGCACCAGUGUCAGACAUUAGCCAAUCCUUACAGAAUCAAGCCAACGAACGACUCAUAGAGAGUGGACAAGUCAACAUCCACGAAAACUUCCAACCAAGCGAGAUUGUUGCUAGGUUGGCACGAACUACCCCCUAUCACAAGCGUACAGCUGCCAAUGUAUGCUCAUACUUUUUGCGUGGCGAUUGUAAUAGAGGUACAACCUGCUCAUUCAAACAUAUAUCGGCCGAGGACCUCAAACAAGAGCAACCGGGUGCAGGCGGCAUCUUUGAUACAGACAACGGCGGCGGUGCUUUGAAUGGCGACGGUACUAGAACAAAGACUGCACCUCGUCCACCAGCUGACAGAUCAAUAUCUACACUCUUUCUUGCAAAUGUCGAUCCCGACCAAGUCACAGAGUCGGAUCUUCGAUCCUCAUUCCUUUCAUUUGGCAACAUUCGUUCCAUCAAACUCUUGCACGACAAGAAAUGCGCAUUUGUAGUGUUUGAGAAACGUGAUGCUGCUGAAUCGGCAGUACAACAACUCUUUGGCAACCUUCAAUUUGGAGAUUGUUCAAUUAAAAUUAAUUGGUGUAAACCUCAAAAACCAACAAAUAACAAACAACCAAGGAAUAACAAACAACAAAAAACAAAUGAGAAUGGAGAACAACAAGAAACAAUAGAAGGAAAUGAAUCAACUAGCAAACAACUAGAAAUAGAACAACCACAAGUCAAACCAGUAGCAAUUAAAACUUUACCAACAUUUAAAAUUAAUCCAUCCCCUACUUUAAAUAAUAAUAAUAAUAAUGAUAAUAAUAAUAAUAAUAAUAAAUAUUCUGCCAUGGAUCCAAGUACCUAUGGUGGAAAAUACUAA